AUGGAAGGAGAAUCAAGUAGCCGGAAUUCUUCGGGCGACGGCGACGAGGCAAUGUUGGAAUCCAGCAGUGCCGACAACCACCACCGAAGCCCUUUUGACCAGAUCAGUGGCCGCCACAACCACGACGACUUCCAAAGUCAACGUCACCACCACAUUUCAACGAGAAUUAGGAAGACAAUUCCUUACCUGAGUGCCAUUGCUUUUUCAUGCUUGCUGUUUUACCAUGCUUCUAGUCUUAACUUUGAUUACUAUAUUCCCAUUUUAUAUCAUCCAUUUUCUCUAGAACAAUAUGAAAAUACUUCUACUAAUUUUUUUACUACACAAGCAAGUCAAAAUUAUAGUGUAUCUGCUGGGAAUUUAUCAACUCUUCUAGCAAAUGUGCCUCCACCUCCAUCACCUAAUAAUAAUUCACCGACCGGAGAAAAUCCAGGGAUUAAUAUUACUCCUCCAUCGAUGCAAGACCAAGCGAAUGUGCCUCCAUCUCCAUCACCAACAAGUGAAGAAACGGAGGAAGCCAAAUUAGAGAAAGUGUUAAAUAAGGCAGCAAUGGAGGACAAAACAGUGAUAGUUACAACUGUAAACGCAGCAUGGACAAAACCAGGUUCAUUAUUUGACAUAUUUCUGGAUAGUUUCAAAAUUGGAAUAGGAACCCAAAAGUUGUUGAAUCAUUUGGUGGUCAUUGCACUUGAUCCGAUAUCAUACAACCGUUGUUCGGAAUCGCUCCCACACUGUUAUGCACUUAAGACCCAAGGGAUCGAUUUUUCGGUGCAAGAGGCAUUUUUCAUGAAACCAGAUUAUGUGAGGCUGGUUUGGAGAAAGAUUGAAGUUGUCUACGAUAUUCUUCAGCUCGGUUACAAUAUCCUUUUCACGGAUACAGAUAUUGUGUGGUUUCGAGAUCCAUUUUUGCAUUUUCUACAAGACGCAGACAUACAGAUUUCAAGUGAUGGUAAUAACAUCUCAAAUACUGGAUUUUAUUAUGUGAAAUCGAAUAACCGGACGGUCCAAUUUUAUGAGUUUUGGCUUAAUGCGAGGUCAAGAUACACAUACGGAAUAAAACAUGAUCAACAAGUGUUUGAAAUUCUAAGAGUGGAUCCUUUCGUAUUAGGAGAGAUUGGAAUCAAGAUUAGAUUGUUGGACACAGCUUUUUAUGGGGGAAAAUGUGAACCAAGUAAGGAUCUUAAUCUGGUUUGUACAAUGCAUGCCAAUUGUUGUGUUGGUUUACGAAGUAAGUUAAAGCUUCUUAGAAAGCUGCUUAAGGAAUGGAAAAAGUACAUGGCAUUGCUCAAUAAAGCGAAGCGGACUAAGACACAAUAUACAUGGCCAUUUCCAGUGAACUACAGACAACUGUAUGAGCGAAUGCCCAAACCAAAAAAUGUUCCGGAGCUAGCUCAUCGAGUGCCGUCCCAUUUCAGAAAUCUUAAUGAAAUGAAUUACAAAAAUCACGAGUCGGAGAUGACGAGUACUUUCCAUGCGGCAGAGGCGUAUCACGAUAUGAUCGGAAAAACUGCUAAUCGAGACUUGUCAUUGCAGAGGACCCAGUGUUGGGUACUCCCGAGUGAAAGUGAGAGUCAGAUAUUUGUCAAUGCAGAUCCGACUCAGGAAUAUCAGCCACCUAUGGUUCGUCAAUGUGCGCCUCCUAGGGAGGGAGUCCGGAGAGGUGGGAGGCAGCCCAGGCGUAGGUACACUCAAGAUCAGCACCAGACUCAGCUGGAUUUUGGUGAUCAAUUUCUUACUUUUGGUAUGCCAGACCAGGGUCAACUUUCUCAGGAGGCCUUUCAGUUCCAGAGCCACCUGUUUUUGGGUUCUGGGUUUGAUGUUGCUGUGGAGCAGCGUUGUUUUGAGGACCAGGCAAGACAUCAGACUCAGCAGUAUCGGGUUGGAGCUCAGAGCUUGCGGGACAACAAGCAUGUAAGAAAAAAAGGACCUUGUCAUAAUUUACCUUUUACACUGCUGGCUUUGGCUAAGGAGCCGAGAAAUAUAAAGGUGCCUGCAAAGCUUGCUAGUUGCGGACUCGGUGAAAAUAACCCUGAUGGUCAAAUGGGUAAGGGAAAGAAGCGCAAGUAG